UGAGCAUUUUCUUAUGUUUUUAUCUGUGUCAAGCUUCUCAGGUCAGUAGUAGAAAUAUAAGAAAGGAGGAGCUUUAUCAUAAUCUUGAAGAGCAUAUAAAGCGCAAUGUGCUGCAAAUUGGUCAGAAAUUCUACUUGCAAAAAAUUGGUAUCCCUCAAGGAAGCAUUCUGUCUUCUCUUCUUUGCUCCUAUUAUUAUGGCCAUAUGGAGAGGAAUGUUUUAUUUCCAUUUCUUGAUAAAAUUCGUGACCCUUGUAUUUCUGACACCAAUGGAAAUCUACUAGUAGAGUACAAUGCUGAGAAUGGGGGUAGUAGUGUUCAAGGUGGCAUCAUCUCACAAUCCCCCAAGCAUAUGCUUAUCAGGUUUACUGAUGACUUCUUUUUCUUAUCAACCUCAAAGAAGGCGGCGAAUGGCUUCUUUUCCAGGUUAAAACGAGGAUUUCGUGAGUACAACUGCUCCAUGAACGAAAAGAAAUUCUGUAUGAACUUUGAUGCUGAUCAUAUUUCAAGGUUUUCAUCAAACAGGAUGUAUAUCGGUGAAGAUGGUAUAUCAUUUCUUCGUUGGAGUGGUUUGCUUAUUAACAGUUGCACAUUGGAAAUCCAGGCAGACUACACAAGGUAUUUGCAUAUCCAUUUGGGCUCAACUCUUACUAUCAGCUGGCAAGUUAAACCAGGCCGGCUUUUGAAGGCAAAGCUGUGUGCUUAUAUGCGACCAAAAUGCCAUCCCAUCUUUUAUGACUCAAAUAUUAAUUCUCCAGCUGUUGUCAGAUUGAAUAUUUAUCAAGCUUUUUUACUCUGUGCGAUGAAGUUCCAUUGUUAUGUCUGUGAUUUGUCCAGUAUUUGCAAUCUCCAAGCAGUAUACUACUCGGAAAUUAUUCAAAAAUCUUUCAGGUACAUGCACAAGCUCAUAUGGAGAAGCAUGCACUCUGUUAGUCAAGGAUCAAAUUUCCAUCCUAUUCUUCAUUUGAAGAAAGAAGAAGUCGAAUGGCUUGGGUUCCAUGCUUAUAUUCGAGUGCUAAACAGAAAACAAUCACGGCACAGAGAGUUGCUGUCAUUGUUGAGGUCUAAGUUGAUGAUGCAUGUGAUAAUGGAUGGGACAUCAUCUCAACUGAUAUACGCAAUAGAUGAUUCACAUUCCUCUGUAUUUUGGAAAAUCAAGUAUUAGGCUUUAGCUGGUCUGUAAUAUAUAUUUUGCAUAGCAACAACAAUUACUAGUUGUACUUUUGUUGAGCUAUUGUACAGCUCUAAGUUUCAAACAUAU